GCUUGGUUAACAAUGGCUUGGUUAUCCGGAAAAGAGCUACAACUGAACUCGGCAUUUCUUCUCACCACUUUGGGAGAUCGAAUGUGGGCGUUUGUCAUUGGGCUUUUCAUGCAUCAGCUUGGAGGAAUGACAUGGGUGGCUGUGCAACAACUGGUGGAUUCUGUACUCAAACUUGUCGUCAUCACGAUUGUCGGACAAUAUUUGGACAAAAUUGAUAGAAGCAAAAUAAUCCAACGAACACUUCUUCUGAACAACGCGGCCGUCGCCGUUUCAGCCGGGCUGUUCGCCUACAUGUUCGUACACAAAACGGAUCACUAUGCAACUCCUGUGCUCCUAAUGGCUUCAGCCGUCGCUUCGAUCGCAAAAGUUGCAAGUGAAAUCCAGAGAAUCAGCUUCACCAAGGAUUGGGUUGUCGUUAUCUCACAAUCAGAAAGUGUUGAUCUUGCGAAAGUCAAUUCAAUCCUUCUUUGCAUUGAUCAAAUCUCAUCGGCAAUUCUCCCAACGUUAACUGGCGAGCUAUUGGAUACUUUCAAAUGGCAGUACGUUUGCGGAUUCAUCAUUGUCUAUAACUUGGCCUCCUGGGUCAUCGAGUCAAUGAUCUUGAGGAGACUUUACAAUGAAACACCUCAAUUGAAGACUAGGGCCAGUGAAAUUACUGGUGACGAAGAGCUGCGAGGACUCAAAGGCGUCAAGUUGAACUCGAUUACUCAGUACUUUAAGCAACAAAGUUGGACUGCAGGAUUCGGGCUCUCACUACUUUACAUGACAGUUCUCGGAUUCGAUAACCUCGCCGCAUCCUACGGUCAGAAGCACGGUCUCUCGGCUUCCUACAUCGGUGUGCUCAGAGGAUUCGGAUCGGCUCUCGGUGUCAUUGGAACGUUCUCCUUCCAAUUCGUCGCAAAACGAUUCGGACUUUUGUGGACUGUGAUGAUUGGACUCGUCUGGCAGAAUAUUUUCAUCGAGAUGUGCGGAGUUUCGGUUCUGUUGCCAGGUAGUUCGAUGGACGUGUCCGGAUAUAUUGCGAAUACCAGUGUGUCGGAAUGGUCAAAAGAAGUUCUGAGCCGAGUCUCGAAUCCAGAGCCCCAAAACGUUCCAUCUGUGAGCUUCUACGACGUAGCUCUCCCGGUCAACCUCUUUUUCAUCGGCAUCAGCUUCGCGCGAUUCGGUCUCUGGCUUGCCGAUCCCGCAAUUACUCAAAUUCAACAGGAAACGAUACCCGAAAGCCAACGAUACAUGGCCUUCACAGUUCAGAUAGCUCUCAACGAAGUCUUCUCAAUUCUCAAGGAUAUUAUUGUGAUCAUGUUCCCGUUCACACCGCUGUUCGGAGUCCUUACUCUCGGCUCGUGCGUCUUCGUGUUCACCGGUUUCAUGUUCAACGUGUUCUAUCAUGCACAGUGCGGAUUCUCAUGUGUCAAUAAGAAUAUGCACCUCGGAAGACAGCCAGUGUGUGAGAUGGCUACAUUGUCAAGUCCGGAGAAACAAAGCCUUAUGGGUGAUGAGAAGGAGAAGCCAAAAGUGUUGGAUUCGCCAACUUUUGAAUAAUUACAAAAUGAUCUUAUCUGUAUAUUCUGAUUUCAAUCAAACACACAUUCCUCAGAGAAAGGACUUCUUUCAGUUGCAUUAACAUGCAUUAACACGUGUUUUCUAGACCAGAAUAAAUUAACUAUGUA